UUGUUUUCCAUUCGGAGUGAAUGUCAUGAUCGUAUUGUGUUUUAGUUGUGAAUCAGCUGCUUAACGUGCGAGCGUGCCCGGCCGUAACAUCUGUUACUGUUACUUUUCAUUGAAGAUGGCAGUGGGUGAUGCGUGAUGAGACUGCUGUGAAUUGUCCAAGUUGAUAGUUUUUUUGUUUAAUUUCCUGAAACAAUGGGUAAAUUUCGUGAAAAAUCGAAGCUCACGAGUAAUCGAUUCAAUCCACAUAGUGGGAGGCCAUCCAAACCCACUAAAAAAGAGCCACAGGGCUUGGCAGUAAUUUAUGAGAAGCUGAACUGCAUUGAAGAGUGUGACUAUCUACAUGGACUUCAAUCUCUGGCAGCACUUGCUGGGGAUGGUCUAGAUGCUGUAACUACCAUUCUGGAGUUUGCUGGCAAUGAUGUGGGAGGAAGUGGAGCAUUACUGCGGAUACUCUCUUGGUAUUUGCCUCACCAGAAGCUUUAUGUCCGCUUGGCAGCUGUUGGAGCUCUCAGGAACUUGAGUUCAUGUGGCAGUUCUUCCCACAUAGAACUGCUCCUUCAGAGUGAUGUUCUUUCUAAACUCUGUCAAAUGGUGCCUAAUUACCUGGAAACUCUCAUGAGUCCAACUAUUAAUGAGGCAUCUGAAGUUGCUGAAAUAUUUUCCAUCCUGGAACAGAUUGCAUUCAUAUUCUACAACCUUUGUGAAGCGAGUGCCGAAGCAACAACAGUUGUGAGUGAGAGCCCUGGUGUCUUGCAAUCCCUGGUGCAGCUGAGCAGUGCCUCCCUUACAAAAUCUCUGCCCCACAAAACUCCCGACUCGUGUUGCCUUGCAGUCAACCUUGCACUUCUGUGCCUGUCUGAAGACAACCCUCCUGUUUGUGAUGAAUUGGAAAGUUACACAGAACAUCUGAUGGAGGUUAUAAGACAAGAAGAUGCCUCAUCAUUUUCCAAAGAAAUUGAUGCUACUAAUGCAUUCAGACUCUUCAAUGCACUCACUGUUUCUGGUAUCUUGGUGAAUCUCGACACGUGCGGAGCGUUAGAUGAGUUUGCGACGCUGCUAACAAACCUUGUAGAAAGAGCUCUCUCAGUAUCCCCUCACCAGCUCCUCGUGCAACAUGUGGCUGCUGUGCCUCUUCCUCUACAAGAAAACAAUACUACUGAGCCGCACAGUCCCAUACUAUCACCUGAUGACCUGAACCAGUGGUCAAUUAUGGGAGAUUCCAACACGUCACAACUGAAUGAGAAACAUGAGACUUCAGAUACUAAUGGCACCACAAAUGUUGAUGGCAGUGAAAUGAUUGACGGAGAUGAGAACGAAGCAACUGACAAAGAAAUUGUGUUGCAUUUUGAACAGAAAAACGCCGAGCAAGAUAAUGGGUGCUUGUCCAGCAAAGGCUGGAAAGCCGUGGAGUAUUGGCUUGAGGCUCAACAACUGGCAUUAGAAUUACUCAACAACCUAUGUUGUGGUUCAGACAAAGAUUCUUCAGUAGUUGACAAAAGAAGGCCAACCCUCGAAGAAGACGUUGAAGAAGACAUGGACCAAGAGAAAGAUUGGGAGCCAUGCGAGGAAACAGAUUUAGAGGAAAAAAUCGUGAAACCUCUGCUGGAAAAGCAUCAGCUUUUCAAACGAAUUUUGGCGCUACUACAGCCUCUUCCUCCUGAGCUACAAAGUGUGGAAGACAGUAAAUAUGCGAAGCAGCUGCUAACGCUAGUAACUGGAGUUCGCGUCAGAAGUCUGUCAACCCUACAGGCGGUUCUGGAAUUGCUGGACAUGGAUCAGCUCGGAGGCCCAGCCAGUCUCUUUGAAACUUGGACCGAGCUGGGGAGACUGGCAUUUGCUGAGCAGCAACAGCAAAAAAUUGAGGCCGGUAUAUUGGAGGGCGCGACUGGAGCCAUGCGGGCCGUCGUUACCAAAUUCAGCCCCGAGCACGCCAGCCAUCUGUCGGCCAUCACUGCCAGCGAAUUGCAGGUGCUGUUCAGCGUUGGACUAUCAAGCAGUGAGGCGGGAGUGCGGCGUAACCUGGCGCGGUUGGUGGGCGUGUUGGGCUGCCUCCUCCUGACUCAGGGCAGCGCCCAGGACCUCAUGAGGGAUCCUGCUAAAAGUGUCCUGCUCACUGCCACUGAGUUCCUGCUGCAGGUUUGUGACAAUGCCGAGGCUUUGGACGUCAUCAUCGACCUAUACUCUGAUGACCGCACAGAUUUCCUGGCCGCACAAUGCGAUCUGGUUACGAGACUGCGCAACAUCGUGCACUAUUUCAACGCUCGCUAUAAACAAAACAAGAAGAACCUAGCAGAGCACCGAGUGUUGCUUAUCACUGUAAAGGACAACUUACCAGCCUUUAUUAAGUACAAGGAACCUCGUGUGCUUAACGCUGAUCCUUCUAAGCCACAUGCCAGCAAACCUCGGCCUGGAGGACCCAAAAAUAAACAGAAGAGUAAACGGAAAUAA